AUGACUACCACCUGUCCAACUGUGAAACUGAGUAGCGGCCAUGUCAUGCCACUGGUCGGAUUCGGCUGCUGGAAAGUUGACAAUGCGACUUGCGCCGAUACGAUCUACAACGCCAUUAAAGCUGGGUAUCGCCUCUUUGACGGCGCUGCUGAUUACGGAAAUGAAAAGGAAUGCGGUGAUGGGGUUGCCAGGGCUAUCAAAGAUGGUCUAGUCAAGAGAUCGGACCUGUUCAUCGUCUCGAAGCUGUGGGCUACAUAUCACGAAAAGCAUCGUGUUGAGCAGGGCUACAAGAAGUCACUCCAAGAUUGGAACCUCGAAUAUUUCGACUUGUACCUUAUCCACUUCCCGGUCGCUACUAAGUUCAUUCCGUUCGACGUUAAAUAUCCACCCGAAUUCGAGGAUGAGAAAGGUGAUAUCGUCUUCAGCAACGCCUCAAUGCGGGACACAUGGGAGGGAAUGGAGGGUCUAGUUGACGCGGCGCUCGUCAGAAGUAUUGGCGUUUCUAACUUCCAGGCGCAGCUGAUCAUCGACCUGUUGCAUUAUGCGCGCAUCAAGCCAGCAACCCUCCAGAUCGAGCACCAUCCCUACCUCGCACAGCCGAUGCUCGUGGAUUUGGCAAAGAAAAAGGGUAUCCAAGUCACAGGAUAUAGCUCGCUAGGACCAGGUUCCUUUACCGAAAUUGAGAACAGCGCAGCUCUGAAUGCUGUACCGCUACUUCAAGAUGAGACUAUUAUCGCGAUCAGCAAAAAGCACAAUGUGGCACCGGCACAGGUGAUGCUACGGUGGGCGACACAGAGGGGUAUUGCAGUCAUUCCAAAGAGUAAAAACCCUGAACGGAUGGCGAAGAAUCUGCAGUGUUGCUCCUUCACUCUUGAAGAGAGUGACAUGGUGUAUCUCAAUGGAUUGGAUAAGGGGUUACGCUUCAAUGAUAUUAUUCAUUAUGGCUUCGAUAUUUCAAUGUUCGCCUAAGACAUUCUAGAUAGACCUGGAUCUCUCAUGGCCUACAUGUGGAGGUCUGCUGGCCUUGACAGCCUGCUAUAGCAAAGAGGGAAAUAGGCGAUGGAUAUGUG